AUGUUCGAUAAUAACACAACUCUCCUCAACUCAAUUCAAAAGAUUGAGAUUGAUCUUUCUGAAAUCAAGCAAGCAUUGCGCAAGCUUCAAAGGCAAUUCAGCAAUCGAUUUGCGCCAGCAGUCAGUAUGGAAGAUCUAACUACAAUGCAACAAAGCAUUAUUGAGCAGAGUUCUCUUGAGUGCAUUGCCAAGUCUGUAAAAAGAGCCCAGCUCACAGAGUACCCUGAUCAGCUCGGUAAGCAAGUAAUCAAUACUGGCGGCGAGUUCAAAGGAAAAAACGAAGCACAAAAAUACAAUCUAUUGCUUCAGAUUCUUUACAAGCAGGACUGGAAGGCGCGCUGCAAAGAAGUUCCACAAGGGCAGCCUUUGCCCCCAUUAGUCUCUCUUUCAGACCAUGAUUUGACAGUAAAAAGACUGCAUCUCAAAACAUUAGACUGUAUAUGUGCAAGAAGCCUUCUUCAGGAAAGCUUCAAGAGCAACAACCAGAUGCACAAGAGAAGAAUGGCAGAGAAGAACAAAACACAGCAAGACAUAAGUGACUCUUUGCUUUCUUCUCUUGAUAUGUCAGAAACUAGUGAUGUUGAGUCACCCAUAAUGGCAGAUGUUCUGUCUCCUUUACCCACAGCAAGUGUCAAGCCUGCUUGCAAGAGAAGUCAAAGAUCAGUAAAUGCUUAUUUUACUGAACAAAAAUUGACCAUUCUGUUAAAGCUGCAAAGGAAAAACAAGAGGUUGUGCUAG